AUGUUCUUACUCUAUUUCAUAUUUCACAAAAUGCCACUUUUAUCGGAAUGUAAAAAUGAAUUUGACGAAAUGGUUUGUUUCAAAAAUGCAAUGGAAGAAGUAACAUCUCAACCUAUGUGGAUGAAAUCACAUCAAAUAGAACGUCAACAAUGGAAUCCAUACUCUCAAGAAGGUGGUACAACUUGUGCCAUAUCUGGAGAUAAUUUUGUUGUUGUUGGUGCUGAUACUCGUAUGACACAAUAUGACAUUAACAUUAUUUCUCGUGAUGCCGAAAAAAUUCAUAUACUUAACAAUAAAAUUAUCCUUGCUACUGCUGGUUUUUAUGGCGAUGUUUUAGAGCUCAAUAGAGUUCUCGAAGCUAGAUUACACAAAUUUAGAUUUGAUUAUAGAAAAGAUAUGACAGUUGAUUUAUGUUCUGAACUUUUAGCAAGAAAUCUUUACUACAAAAGGUUUUUCCCAUUUAUCACAGGAUCUGUUUUAGCUGGUAUUGAUGAAAAAGGAAGGGGAGCUGUUUAUUCAUAUGAUCCAGUUGGUUGUAUUGAACGUACAGCUUACACAGCUUCAGGAACUGGUGAACCAUUAAUUAUGCCAUUCCUUGAUUGUCAAGUUGGUAAUUGUACAAAGUCAGCUGAUGGUGAAAAACCACAGCUUACCAUUGAAAGAGCCACUGCUUUAGUAAAAGACGUCUUCCGUAUGGUAGCUGAACGUGAAAUUGGAACCGGUGACAAAAUUAAUUUGGUUAUUGCAGAAGCAGGAAAACCAAUUAAACAUGUUUUCUUACCUCUUCGUGAGGAUUAA